CAUUCGAAUUCCCGAACGGAAAACCUUCUGAACCCUUUACUCCGGCCUGUUGCUUCAGUACAGCGUCGGGUAAGGUAGGAGCAGGACAUGCUCUGGUGAGUGGCACACAUGCAUGUAAAGGCUUUAUGAAGAAUUAAAAUGUUACUGUUGGAAAAUAAAAAUUGACUGAGGUCCAUGAAGUUUGCUGUGCAUAGCGCCGAGGACUAAGACGGACAUCAGGGUGGAGCACACGGCUGUUGCUGUACUCGCCGAGGUGUUGACAGAAUAGUUUAGUAUUUUACAGGACAUUUUCGACCAAGAUUGGCCUCAACUACUAUUUCAAAAUUACACAAGUGUCUGUACCUGUAAUUCGUGUUUAGAAACUUUAAGGAAUUACCUGUAAAACAUUUGAACUAUAGGUAUGUUAUCAGCGAGGCAUGUAAUAAGGUGAAUACUAUACGCGGACUACUGUCUGUAGCGGUGGUUGGUGGUUUAACCAUUGAAUUGAAAUUGAAAAUUCGUGCAGCGUUUCCUGGUCUUCUGCUGAACUAUUACGUGGUCUUGUUACGUUGUGUAUAUGAGCGUGUUGAAGGCAGUGUUGGGUCAAGCUCUUGUCCCCGGCCUGACCUCCCUAGACGAGGUACUCCAGCUCUCUCGUCUUCAGCUCAAGGCCUGCCGGGCGCUCACCCUCCUGCUGGCGCUGUCGGCGGUGCUCGACGCCGUCAGUGCCGACCCCGUCGCAGACCCCAUCAAGAGAAAGGGAAAAGGAGGACAGGGUGGAGUCUAUUAUCGGCCUGUUGUCAUCAUGCGAAGCGGCUAUGGUGAUGGUGGCGGCUAUGGUGGUGGUGGCGGCGGCUAUGGUGGUGGCUAUGGCGUUAGCGUUGGUUAUGGUGGCGGUGGCGGCUACGGUGGUGGCGGCUAUGGCGGUGGCGGAAAAGGCAAGGGUGGUGGAAAAGGUAAAGGAGGAGGCCUAUUUGAUGAUUUCUUCAAAGGCGGUCUAUUUGGAAAAGGAAAGGGUGGAGGUGGUGGUUAUGGCUACGGCGGUGGUGGCGGCUACGGUGGUGGUGGCGGCUAUGGUGGUGGAAAAGGCAAAGGAGGCGGAUUUGGAGACCUCUUCAAAGGCGGUCUCUUUGGAGGUGGAAAAGGAAAAGGAGGAGGUGGCAGUUAUGGUGGUGGCUACGGCGAUUAUGGCGGCGGUGGCGGCUACGGAGGCGGUAAGGGUAAAGGAUUUGGCGGGCUUGAAGAUCUUUUCAAAGGUGGUCUCUUCAAAGGUGGUCUCUUCGGAGGUGGAAAAGGCAAAGGUGGUAAAGGUGGUGGCGGCGGCUACGGAGGUGGAGGCGGUGGCUACGGAGAUGUAGGCCAUGCAGGAAGCAGCUACGGAGGCCACGGAGGCGGCGGCUACGGAGGUGGAGGCCAUGGAGGAAGCAGCUACGGAGGUGGAGGCCACGGAGGCGGCGGCUACGGAGGUGGAGGCCAUGGAGGAAGCAGCUACGGAGGCGGCGGCUACGGAGGCCACGGAGGCGGCGGCUACGGAGGUGGAGGCCAUGCAGGAAGCAGCUACGGAGGCGGAGGCCAUGGAGGCGGCGGCUACGGAGAUGUAAGCCACACAGGAAGCAGCUACGGAGGUGGAGGCCACGGAGGAAGCAGCUACGGAGGUGGAGGCCAUGGAGGCGGUGGAGGUCAUGAAGGCGGUGGAGGCUUUUAUGAAACCGUCGUCGUCGACCACGGAGGGGGAAGUCAUGGAGGCGGAGGUUACGGAGGUGGAGACCACGGAGGUGGAGGCCACGGAGGCGGCGGAGACCACGGAGGCGGCGGUCACGGAGGUGGAGACCACGGAGGCGGCGGUCACGGAGGUGGAGGCUAUAGUCGAUAGAAACCAUGCCGUCUGAGUCCAAGGUGCCAUACCUCUACCGCUGUGAGAAGACAGCUUCACCAAACAUGGCAAGUCAUGGUGCGCUUUGAGUCUCCUCUCCCCCCCACCCCCCACUCACAUCAUCUUGAGUCUCCUCUUUCGCCACUCACAUCAUCUUGAGGCUCCCAUCCCGGCACCCCACAUAAUUUUUAAAGGUCUACUCCCGCCAUCAACCCAUCAAUGCAAUCUGAGACUCUUCAGCUAUCCCACAAUCCGUUUAAGACUCCUUUCCCACCCCCCCACAUCAUCUUAAGGUUCCUCUACCACCCCUAACUUUCAUAUCAUUUUCACACUGGAUCUCUUAUUCACGGAUCUUAUUCAUUUAAGGUGAUGGAGAAGAUCGUGAGGAAAAGGGUCGUAGACAUCUUGAGGGAAAUAGCUUUGUAGCACACCACCAUGGGUUCAGGAAUGGUAAAUCGUGCCUCACAGGCUUAAUAGAAUUCUAUGACCAGGCGACAAAAAUUAGGCAAGAAAGAGAAGGGUUUCUUGGACUGCCAAGAAAAGCGGUAUCCAAGAAAAUACCGCAUUUUCUUGGAUUGUCAGAAAGUCUUUGACACGUUAAACCAUAAGUGGCGUAUUGGCUGUUACAAAAGUUGAGAAACAAGCAAGAAUAAAAGGUAAGGGGCUCAUUGGAUAAGGGAGUAUCUACGCAACAGGAAACAGCGAGUAACUGUGAGAGGGGAGACAUCUGGUUGGCGAGAUGUCACAAGCGGAGUCCCAUAAAGCUCUGUACUUAAACCUAUCCAGUUUCUACGAUAUUCCAGAGGGUAUAGACUCGUUCCUCUCAAUGUUUGCUGAUGAUGCAAAAAUUAUGAGAAGAAUCAGACAGAUGAAUAUAGACAGAGGCUACAGGACGACCUAGACAAACUGGAGGAAUGUUCUAGAAAAUGACUACUAAAGUUAAACUCAGGAAUUUGUAAAGAAAUGAAAUUAGGCGAAGGGAGUAGAAGGCUGAACACAAGGUACCGUCUGAGAAGUAAAAAUCUUGCAAGAGUUAAAUAGAAAAAAGAUACGGGGCUUGAUAUCACACCGAACUGUCCCCAGAAGCCCACAUUAAAAUAUCAUCAUCAGCGGCAUAUGCUAGAUUGGCCAACAUAAGCACUGCCUUUAGAAACUUGUGUAUGGAAGAACCUUGUAUACCACUUAUAACAGACCAAUCCUGGAAUAUGAAGUUCCAGCCUGGAGACCAUACCUAGUUAAACUCUUAACAAAGUUAAAGAAAAUUUAGAGGUAUGCCACCAGACUAGUGCCAUAACAGAUAGGUAUGAACUGCGAGGAAAGGCAAUGGAAAUUAAACCUCACGUCCCUGGGAAGACAGAAGAGUAAGGGAAGACAUGAUCACCAAAAUUCUAAGAGGAAUUGAGAGACAAACUAUUUAGCAUGGGUGG